AUGGAUAAGUCAAAAACUAAACAUCGCAGUGAUCGUCCACCCUCGGAACCCAAAAUGACUAAUUUAAUUGAUUUUUCAUUUUGUGAUCAUAAAUCGGCUUUUGAACAUUUAUUGCUGAGCAGUGAUCAACGUAAUUCCAUUAUUGAAGAUCGUAAUGAUUUUUGGAAAUUUGUUAAUAAAUAUGAAGCUAUGUUGAAAAAUAUGGGACAACCAAUAUUACCACAACCCCUCGAAGAUGAAGUGCCGACCUCAACAUCGUCAACGUCAACUAAAACCAAUAAACUUCACUGUAUUCCCAUUCGAUUGAAUGCAGAGGCAAAGAAAAAUAGAUAUUUCUCCGAACAGCAUGGAAAAUACUCAAGUGGUAGUGGAGGUGGGGAGGGUGGCAUUGUCACAGCAUUACGUGAAAAACAAUUACAAGAAAUUAUGCUCAUUUAUUUGGACUUUAAACAAAAAGAACGUUUUGCUAAAAUCAAAAAGCUAAGAAAAACUCAACAAAACUUGCCAAUCUUUAAGUACAAAGAUGCUCUAAAGAAGGCGCUGGAUGAAACAAAUGUUCUAAUUAUUGCCGGUGAUACAGGUUGUGGUAAAUCGACACAAGUUCCACAAUAUUUAUAUGAAUUUGGUUAUAAGAGUAUUGCAUGUACCCAACCCCGUCGUCUGGCAUGUAUCUCUCUAUCAAAACGUGUUGCUCACGAAAUGCUGGAUGAUUAUGGCUCCACGGUGGGUUUCCAAAUUCGUUUUGAGAAAAAUAAAACACAACAUACCAAUAUUUUGUUCAUUACCGAAGGCUUGCUACUGAGACAACUAGCCAUGGAAUGCAAUUUGGAGCAAUAUGAUGUUCUAAUACUCGAUGAAAUUCAUGAACGUAAUUUAUAUGGAGAUUUCUUGCUGGGCGUCACCAAGUGUCUGCUGCGUGCCAAACCAAAUUUGAAGUUAAUACUUAUGUCAGCCACCAUUAAUGUUGAACUAUUUCAUAAUUACUUUAAAGAUGAGGGAGCCAAGUUACUGCAGGUGCCUGGUCGUUUAUAUCCAAUAAAAACUGUUUAUAUGCCACCACCCACAUUGGAGUUACAAGCUAAAACCUCAUCAGCAUCGUCAUCUCGGUCACAAAAAUCUAGCGGUCGUUUGGAUCCAGCACCAUUUGUACAAGUUUUGAGUCUUAUCGAUGAGAAAUAUUCAACUAGUGAACGUGGUGAUGUAUUGAUAUUUGUUAGUGGAGUCAAUGAAAUAACCACAGUUUGCGAUGCAGCCAAAGAAUAUGCAGAGCAACAGUCUCAUUGGAUUAUAUUACCUCUGCACAGUGGUCUAUCGUUGGCUGAACAAGAUAAGGUGUUCGAUUAUGCACCCGAAGGUAUGCGUAAAUGUAUUGUGUCCACAAAUAUUGCGGAAACAUCAUUGACUGUGGAUGGAAUACGAUUUGUGGUGGAUUCGGGCAAGGUCAAGGAGAUGUCAUAUGAUGCCUCAUGUAAGGGUCAGCGAUUGAAAGAAUUUUGGGUCUCAAAAUCAUCUGCUGAACAGCGUAAAGGUCGUGCUGGUCGUACUGGACCAGGGACUUGCUUCCGUUUAUUUAGCGAAAAACAAUAUGCCUCCUUUGAAGCAUAUCCUACACCGGAAAUAUUUCGCGUACCACUCGAUUCGAUACUAUUACAAAUGGUAUCGAUGGGUUUGCCAAAUGUAAGGCAAUUUCCUUUUAUAGAAUCGCCGGAUGAAGAGAGUAUUGAACAAACAAUAUUGGGUCUAAAGCAGCAUAACGCUUUUACGCCAGAUGAAAAAAUUACUGCCUUGGGCAAAUCGUUAUCGAAUUUACCCGUUGAAAUAACAAUUGGUAAAAUGUUAUUAAUGGGUUGUGUAUUUCCCGAUGUCGAGAAGAUUUUAACAUUGGCCGCUGUGAUGAGUGUACAAAAUCCAUUUACAAAUCGUGCAUAUACAGAUCCCAAGUGUGAGGAAGCUCGUGCAUCUUUUGAAUCUGAUCAAGGGGAUAUAUUUACAUUGCUAAGAGCCUAUCAUGAAUGGCUAUUGCUUAAGUGGGAAAAUCGAGAGAGUACACGAAAAUGGUGUCAUAAAUUGGGCAUUGAGGAACAGAGAUUCUAUGAAAUUACCAAAUUACGAAAUCAAUUUCAAAACAUAUUGGAAACAUGUAACAUGACCGCUAACAAAUCUACGGAAGACAAUUUAACUAGUUCGGAAAGAGCAAAACGUCACGGUGAAGUUCGCAUGUUGAAGGCCAUUAAACGUAAACAGAAAUAUCAAGAGCCAAGAAAACGUAAAGUACUAAAACAUCACAGUCACGAUGCUGAAGAAGAUUUUGAUAAUGCUGAUGAUGAUAUACGGGAUGUUGAUUUUCGUUUGUACAAUGAUGCCGCGAAGUUGGAGGUUCUUCUUAAAUCCUCCAAAACCGACAAACUACGUGAUGUGCUUUUACUAAAAUUGGUGAUUGUGAGUGGAUUUUAUCCUCAAAUUGCAAUAUCUGAUGAAUUUAAUUAUUGCAAAGGCGGAACGCAACAAUUUUUCCAUACCUUUCUGAAGCCAUUCAUUUCCAUACAUCCCAAUUCAUAUUUUGCCAAAUGUUUUGACAUAUUAAAGUUGAGCGAUAGCGAUAUAUUGGAAAAGCCAGCAUAUUAUCUACCAAAGCAGCCAUUGAGUGAAGCUCAUCAGGUGCUGUGUUACCAAAAUCUAUUGGAAACAGCCAAACCCUAUUUAAUGAAUUGUAUUCGCAUGCCGGCUGCCCAGUGUUUGCUAUUGUUUUCCUAUAGUGUUGAAACAAAUGCCUCAAUUACACGGAUAGUUUGUGAUUCAUGGUUAUGUUUGGAAUUUCCCACACCCGAAGUGGGUUGUGAACUACUCUGUAGAGCCAUUAAAUUAAGAAGACUGUGGAACAGGUUGUUAAUGGAUAAAUUAACAGGUGAUUUUGAAAAAUUCUUAAAAAUUUUAUAUUUAAUUUAUAAAAUAUUUAUUCAUGGUUUUUAUUUAGAUUUGGAGUUAAGUGUCGAACACCAAAGGAAGUUGCCCGACAAUAAACAAUUACAAGAAGAUUUAUGGUAUGAUUUGAUAAAAUUCAUGAGCCUCAAUGUUGCCUAUACUAUAAAACGUUUAUUGCCUGCCGAUCUAAAGAAUUUAUAUAACCACCAGCCAAUGGAGGAUGUAAACAAUUCGAAAAUCAAUCCAUUUGCUAAAGAUUAUGAAAUGACAGCGAACAUGGAAAAAGGUGGCAUUAAUAUUUCCGAAAAUUAUAUUUAUAAUUGCCUCCAAGAACAACAGUGGUGUAUAAAUAUGGAUAAUGAAUUGAGCCAACAUACAUGGACAUGUAGCUAUUGUGAUAUGGAAAUGGAUUUCAAUGUCAUUGAGAAACUAAUACAUAAACAAACUUGUAAAAACCGUCAUCAAUCCUCUGGAACACAUGAAGACAAAAAGAACACAGAAUCUGCCACUACAUCCUCAAAUAUCGGUAAUAAUAAGAAUAAAAUCAAAUACAACUGUACGAUAUGCUGUCAAGAGUUGUAUCUAAGUCAAAUAGAUAUACUAAAGCACAAGAAAAUUUGCGUCGCAAACAAAUAA